UCAUCUCCAUAUAUUUGAAUUCAGAGCAUGCUCUUCCCAAUCAACAAUGGAGGUUGUGGUGAUCUCUAGAGACACAAUCAAACCCUCUCUCCCUACCCCUCCCAAUCUUCGCCUUGUAAAACUCUCAUUUCUCGAUCAAUUAAACCUGCGAAUUUUCAAUCCAUUCAUCUACUUCUACACCUCUGAUUCAUCGUUCAACUUUGCGAGAUUAAAGAAAUCUCUAUCGGAGAUCCUAACUGGGUUCUACCCAUUAGCGGGUCGUCUCAAAGACGACCUCUUUGUCGACUGUAACGACAACGGCGUCGAUUUCUUUCAAGCCCAAGUCAAUUGCAAGCUCUCAAGAUUGAUCGAACGACCCGACUAUGUCGAGAUCAAUAAAUUGCUUCCUUAUCCUGAAAAGGACGAUUUGGGGGACAAGCUUUUGGCAAUUCAAGUCAAUAUCUUUGAAUGUAAUGGAGUCGCCAUUGGUUUAUACAUUUCACACACGGUGUUCGACGCAUUGUCUAUGUUCACUUUCGUCAAUAAUUGGGCUGCCAAGGCUCGAGACCCUGAUUCGAAUCUGAUUGUUUAUCCAAAAUUCGACCUCGCAAAGCUGUUUCCUCCGAGGGACAUGCCUGGUAACGAAGUAGUCUCCCUCACUGCGGAAGAGCAGAAGAAGGUUUACGAAGCGAAGGGGUUCGUGUUCAGUGCCAAUGCUGUGGCUGCUCUCAAAGCAAUGUAUGCUGCAAAUCAUUCACAUUUGCAUCUUCCCCCAAGUCGAGUCGAGUCUGUUUCGGCUUUCAUUUGGAGUAGAUUUAUGGUUGCUACUCAAGGAGAUAAGGCUAGACAAGUUGGGAAGUCUUACAGGGUGGUUCAGGCGGUGAAUCUUCGUCCGAGAGCAAGUCCGCCUUUGCCGGGGAGUUGUUUGGGUAAUCUGAGUAGAUUUGCUAUGACAGUGCCAUCCAUGGAAGGCACUGCUGAAGAUGGGUUUGGAUUGAUUACCCAAAUGAGGGAGGCAAUGAAGAAGAUAGAUGGGGAUUAUGUGAAGGAACUUCAAGAGGGAAAUCCAAUCCCAAAAGCUAAUCAGCUUGAUGGUAAAUUCAAGAAAGGAGAGAAGGUGGGAAGUUUUUUUACAUUUACUAGUGCGUCCAGGUUUCCAGCCUAUGAAGCUGAUUUUGGGUUUGGGAAACCCAUAUGGCUCACCAUGGGUGCACAAUCUGUUGGUAACGUGGUUAUUCUGUUGCCCACUACAAGUGAUGGUAUGCAAGCAUUUAUCAAUAUGAAAAGGAGUGAAUUGGCUAAGCUUGAAGCUGACAAAGUGUUCCAAGCAUUUGUUUCCCCAACAUUUGAUGCGAAAGUUCUCCUUCAUAGCUCUUUAUAGCAGCAAUGUUAGGAACACAGAUGAAAUUCACGUAAUAAAAAUUCAAUUUUGAGAUGAAAAUGGAUCUCGCGCAUGGACUUGCCUUUUAUUUAAUUCUGUAGAUUCCGUCUCUACAGAUUUGUUCUAA